GCAGCAUUCUCAGCUGAAAACGGAUGUGUCCGCUGUAACAGGCCCAUGUCUGAAAACCCAGACAGACGGUCACAUUUCACCACAAAGUCAGCUUCACUCGAGUACGUCGGCUAAAGUCGAGACAGUGAUCCUCUGUGUUAUUUCUUUAUCCGCAGCAGAGGCAGAGCAAGAUGGAGUGUGAGUGGAAGCCAGACGAGCAAGGACUUCAACAGAUUUUACAGCUGCUCAAAGAGUCUCAGUCGCCAGAUACGUCCACACAGAGAUCCGUCCAGCAAAGACUUGAGCAGCUCAACCAGUAUCCAGACUUUAACAACUAUUUGAUAUUUGUUUUGACAAAGUUAAAAUCAGAAGAUGAACCAACACGGUCCCUGAGUGGGCUGAUACUGAAGAACAAUGUGAAAGCCCACUAUCAGAACUUCCCUAAUGGCGUGUCUGAUUUCAUCAAGAGCGAGUGCCUCCAAAACAUCGGAGACUCUUCGCCCCUCAUCCGGGCCACUGUGGGUAUCCUCAUCACCACCAUCGCCUCCAAGGGAGAGCUCCAAAACUGGCCGGAGCUUCUGCCUAAACUCUGCCUGCUGUUGGAUUCUGAGGACUACAACACAUGUGAGGGAGCGUUUGGAGCCCUGCAGAAGAUCUGCGAGGACUCUGCUGAGAUCCUGGACAGUGACAUUCUGGAUCGUCCCCUCAACAUCAUGAUCCCCAAGUUCCUGCAGUUUUUUAAGCACAACAGUCCCAAGAUUAGGUCUCAUGCCAUCGCCUGUGUUAAUCAGUUCAUCAUCAGCAGGACUCAGGCUCUCAUGCUGCACAUCGACCCUUUCAUCGAGAAUCUGUUUGCACUGGCGACAGAUGAGGAACCAGAAGUGAGGAAAAAUGUGUGCAGAGCUCUAGUCAUGUUGCUGGAAGUUCGCCUGGAUCGUCUCCUGCCACAUAUGCAUAACAUCAUAGAGUACAUGCUGCAGAGGACUCAGGACCAAGAUGAAAAUGUAGCCUUGGAAGCCUGUGAGUUCUGGCUUACUCUGGCGGAGCAGCCUGUGUGUAAGGAAGUGCUGUGUGGACACCUCUCCCAGCUCACUCCAGUGCUUGUCAAUGGGAUGAAGUACUCUGAGAUUGACAUAAUCCUGCUCAAGGGAGACAUUGAAGAAGAUGAGGCCAUUCCAGACAACGAGCAAGACAUCAGACCGCGCUUCCAUCGCUCCCGCACAGUUGCCCAGCAGCAUGAGGGCGAUGGGAUCGAGGACGACGAAGAUGAGGAUGAUGAACUGGAUGAUGACGAUGACACUAUCUCUGAUUGGAACCUGCGUAAGUGUUCAGCUGCUGCGUUGGACGUGUUGGCCAACGUGUUCAGGGAUGAUCUGCUGCUGCACAUUCUGCCGCUACUCAAAGAGCUGCUCUUCCAUCCUGAGUGGGUAGUUAAAGAGUCUGGCAUCCUCGUGCUUGGGGCUAUAGCUGAAGGCUGUAUGCAGGGUAUGAUCCCAUACCUGCCUGAGCUCAUUCCCCAUCUCGUCCAGUGUUUGUCUGACAAGAAGGCCCUGGUGCGUUCCAUCACCUGCUGGACACUCAGCCGCUACGCCCACUGGGUUGUCAGCCAGCCCCCAGAUACUUACCUGAAGCCUCUAAUGACGGAGCUGCUCAAACGUAUUCUGGACAGCAACAAGCGUGUGCAGGAGGCUGCUUGCAGUGCCUUUGCCACUUUGGAGGAGGAGGCAUGUACAGAGCUGGUACCCUACCUGGCAUUUAUCCUGGACACACUGGUGUUCGCAUUCAGCAAGUACCAGCACAAAAAUCUGCUCAUUCUUUACGACGCCAUUGGAACACUUGCAGACUCAGUGGGACAUCAUCUCAAUAAACCGGAAUACAUCCAGAUGUUGAUGCCUCCACUGAUCCAGAAAUGGAACCAGCUAAAAGAUGAAGACAAAGAUCUCUUCCCUUUAUUAGAAUGUCUGUCGUCUGUAGCUACUGCCCUGCAGAGCGGUUUUCUGCCAUACUGUGAGCCUGUGUACCAGCGCUGCGUUAACCUGGUCCAGAAGACCCUUGCUCAAGCCAUGCUUUAUCAGUCACAGCCAGACCAGUAUGAGGCCCCUGACAAAGACUUCAUGAUCGUAGCUUUGGAUCUUCUCAGUGGACUGGCUGAAGGAUUAGGAGGCACCAUUGAGGAGCUGGUGGCCCGCAGCAACAUCCUCACCCUCAUGUACCAGUGCAUGCAGGACAAAAUGCCAGAAGUGCGUCAGAGUUCUUUUGCUCUGCUGGGGGAUUUAACCAAGGCUUGUUUCCAACACGUCAAACCAUGCAUCGCUGAUUUUAUGCCCAUACUGGGUACUAAUUUAAACCCAGAAUUAAUAUCAGUGUGCAACAAUGCUACAUGGGCAAUUGGAGAGAUAUCUAUACAAAUGGGGUCUGAAAUGCAGCCGUAUGUUGCCAUGGUGCUGCACCAGCUGGUGGAGAUCAUUAACAGGCCCAAUACUCCAAAGACUCUUCUGGAAAACACAGCAAUAACAAUUGGUCGUCUUGGUUACGUUUGUCCUCAAGAGGUGGCACCCAUGCUACAGCAGUUUAUAAGACCCUGGUGCACUUCUCUACGAAAUAUAAGAGACAAUGAGGAGAAAGACUCUGCGUUCAGAGGAAUUUGCACUAUGAUCAGUGUAAAUCCAGGAGGUGUAGUGCAGGAUUUUAUAUUCUUCUGUGACGCAGUGGCCUCCUGGGUAAAUCCAAAGGACGAUCUCAGAGACAUGUUCUACAAGAUCCUUCACGGCUUUAAGAACCAGGUGGGAGAGGACAACUGGAGUCGCUUCUCAGAUCAGUUCCCCAUGCCACUGAAGGAGCGGCUGGCAACCUUUUACGGGGUGUAACUGUUUCCACAGCAGUGUGCCUCAUCACUGGGGUCAUUCACUAUGGGAGACAAUAUAGGGAACCUCUUAUACCCAGGGAACAUGUUACCCUUUACUGGGGGGAAGGGUCUGCCUGCUGAGGGGAGGGAAGGGGUGCGGACCCCUCCCCGACCUGAAGGACGGGGAGGGUGGGAGGUGGUAGCUGCAGUGCUCAGUGCCCCCAUGCACAGGCAAGGGGGGAAAGGGACUGCCAGAACAACCUUAUCAUGGGAGGAAAAUUUAUGUUAUCACAUGUCAAUCAUAAAUAAUGAAACCGAUCACCUUUUUCUCUCCAUUUAAUCUCCAAACAUGUUUAUUUCUGUUACCUGAAAAUACUGAAAAAGAAAUGUAAGCAAAAACUUUUGCAAAACUCUGUAAAGCAUUUGCUCUUUAAUCUUGGUUAAAUGAAGAGUUGGCACAUUGAGAGGUGCAGAAUAUGGUCUUAGGAGCAAAUGUGCAUUUAUUAUCAUGUCAGCCAGGUAAAUGGCAUGCAGUAGGUAGUUCUCUAUACAACUGGAUUCUGCCACUAGAGUAGAAGACUGUUCUUAGUUAAGUUGAAGGUUAAUCAAGAGGUAUUUUCUCUACAUACAAGGGUAGCUUUAAGCUAAGGAAUAGCAGCUGAAAGCAGUAUAAUGAAUCCAACUCUGAGGAAUAUAGGUUUAAAAUGCUCCAUAUCAUCAAAAAUAAGUUAUCACCUAUAUAGUUUUCAGUUUUUCAGUUUUUCUAUUCUUUAUCAGGGCAAACGCUGUUAAUUAUGUCACUGGAGAGCACAAGAUUUUCUUUUAAGAGCAGCUUUUCUGGGAAUAGGUAGCAUGCUUGUAUCAUUGUGAAAAGCUGUGGAGCAUUAGUGGUGUGUGUUGCGUUUGACAGCUGUCAUUGCCCUGUGAUAAGGUUCUUCUUUGACCUUGUAAUUUAUCUAUUUACAGUACUUUUUGUUUUUGUUUUGUUUCCUCUACCUGAGAAUUACGGCAAACAGCUGUAAUGUAGCAUGACUGGGUUUACACACACACGAAUUUAGGAAACGUGUAAAAUCUUGGCUGUGAUGUAACGUCAGAGUGAAUCUCUCGGUUUGGUCUCGUGGCGUGAAUUUUGACACAUGGACAUUGAUCAGCAAGAUAGAAAAGCUUUAGAUGCUUACAAUCCUUUAUAUUGUCUGAGCCUCGUGAAGGAAUAAUGAAGGCGUAUAGGUGAUACCACAAUGACACGAAUCCCGUCUUAGUGAUUUUUGUGACUUUGGCUGUCAGAACCAUGCAGUCCAUCGAAUGAAUGUUAAAUAUGUUUCUCAAUGUACUGAAGUUUUUCUUCUUGGUUGUUUGGCUUCUUGUGCUAAAAAGCAUGAUCUUGAGGAUGACUGUGUAAUGUUUCGGGUGGUUGUGUUUUGUGGGGUACUUUCAUCUCUUGCAUGUUGGUGGCCCCUCACAGCCCAACACAUAGUGGGAAGGGGAUAACGGGAGGGAGGGGAGCUUCAAUUAAAGGUAAAAAGUACAUAGUAACCAUUUAUGUAUUGCAACACUGGGACUUUUUUCACAUAAAUCUUGCUGGAGUGUUCUCCCUAAAACUUUAACCCCAUAGCUGGAUGUAUAGUUUUUAAAAACUGUGAAACUACAACAUUGUCUCUGGUUGUUUUGCGCUGUUAUAUUUUAUAAAGUGUGUUUAAGUUACGGAUAGCCUAAAUGUAUUCCAUGAUGGGUUGAGAUAGGAAUUUCUCUUUUUAAUUUAGAUUUUUUAUGCCCUGCCAGUCAUUUAUCCUCUGCUGGCCAGAGUAAUAACUGCAGUAUUUUAACCCUUUUGCGAUGCACAUGACAUGCACUUAAACUUUAAAUGGCAAGUGCUUGAAAUUAAUAAUGUAGCCAAACCCUUUUGAAAUAGUGUUAAGACAUGAUUAAUUAAGUAUUGCUGCUAAAAAAAAAAAUGUAUUUACCUAAUGCAAUAAGUGUCUCGUUACAACGGGGUUACUAGAUUGUGAAAGUGCUUUAGUGUCUUAUAUAAACUCUCACAAUAUAAAAUAUAACUAAUCUCUUAGAUUUAACAUUAAUGAGGUGAAUACAGGAUAUAAUGCAUCAUGGAAUACAGAGGCAAAUGUAUGUGCCACAUCAUUUUGUGUUUUGAAGUGAUUUUGUCUGUCACAUUCCAGCUGUUUGGCAUGCAAAAAAAUGGAGUAAUCAUGGCUUGAUGGGGUGUGUGUGUGUGCACGGUCCUGUUAUUCUUUCAUUGAAAGAGUGUAGGUCUACAAAACACAUGCAAAACAAUCCCCAUUAUUACUGUGCUGUAUUUCUGACUUGACUGCUGCUAUACAUUGUAGUUGUGUUUCACUACUUGAAUACGUGUUUUCUAUGUGUUAACCUCAGGUUGUCUGUGUUCAGUGUUAUUUGUUAUCAUUUUCCCCAAUGUGUACGCCUUUAUGCAUCUCCUCUCAAAGAUUAGUAAAACUUUGCCCUUCAUGUUUAAAGUGGGUAAACGAUGGGUGUUAAUUGACAUUAAUGUUAUAGGUGUGCAACACUGCUAGCUGUCAAAUGUGAUUACAGUUGCAAGGCAAGGGGAGAAGAUUAAAAUGGUAACUGGCACAUACUCCAUGUACUUUUUGUCAAAAGUGAUUGUUAAAGGACUAUGGUAAAUAUUUAGUGUAAUGUGUACACAAUGCCUUGAGAGCAAAUACUUUGAGGUUUUGUUGGUGUUUUGCAAUAGAUAUACAGUAUACUGUAUCUAAAGAAACAGGUAACGCCUCAUUUAAAAAGUAAAGAAAUAGGUUGACAACUCAUAAAGAUAAUGUUAUAAACAAUUUGCAAAUUUAAGUUUGACUUUCUAUGAAGCUUUACUGAAAAUUUGUAUUUUAUAAAGCACCCACCAAUAUUAAGGAAUGUCUAGUCGAAGAACUCAUGUAUUCUCAUUUAGCCUUCAAACUUGAUUAGACUAUUUGCCUUCAUCUUUUUUGCUAAUAAAAGCAAAAACAUCAUUUUGAUAGACAUGGUUUGAAUUUUUUUUUAAUAAGCUGCUGAAUUAAAAAAAAAAGAAGUAAUACUUUUGGGGCCACCAAAUAUUUUGGAUCAUGCAAAGAAUCUAUAUUGUACUGUAGUAAUUUUGUAAUAUUUGUAAGAUGAUAUAGUGGAUGUGACUGGUUACCAUUGCUUGAAUCUGUACAUUGUUCCAAUAAAUUGUUUACAUUA